AUGGAUGAUAUUGUCCUUACAGGCUCUUCUACUUCUUACUGUAAGGAAUUGAUAUCUACUUUAAGCAGCUCAUUUCCACUAAAAAAUCUUGGCCCACUUCAUUUUUUUCUGGGUCUUGAGGUGAAACACAACUCUAGUGGUCUUUUUGUGUGUCAAACCAAAUAUGCAUUGGAUCUUCUGGACAAAACACAAAUGGUGGGUGCUAAGAGUUGUUCUCCUCCUUCUUCCGCAACAACCAAACUUAGUGCUAAUGAUGAAGAACUCUUAGAGAACCCUACAGAAUAUCGCUCUCUUGUAGGUGUUCUUCAGUAUCUUACUUGGACACGUACAGAAAUUAGCUUUGUUGUGAAUCGGGUGUGCCAGUUCAUGCAUCAGCCUAUUACUUCUCAUUUUUGUGUUGCUAAGAGAAUUUUACGAUAUGUAAAAGGCACCAUUGAUCAUGGUUUAUUCUUCUCCAAAGGUUUGUCUACUUUGCAAGGCUUCAGUGAUACAGAUUGGGCCGGUUCUCCAAAUGACAGACGCUCCAUUAGUGGUUUUUGCAUCUUUUUUGGUCACAAUCCCAUCUCAUGGUCAGCUAAAAAACAAACCACUGUUGCGUGUUCAAGUACUGAGGCAUAA